GAAGAAAACAGUAUUUAUGUUUACAACUUCUUGCGCCAUCUAUAGAAGCGGACAGCGAUGUGAUCGUACGUGUUUAGAGAAACAAUGACAUGAAAAUUGUAAAUAAAUAAAACAAGGAAAGGCACUCAUAUUUUUUUAAACUCAUUUAAAAAGCCAGCAGCAAUAUGGGGUUUCUCUCUUUUAACUAUAUCAAAUGCAUAUUAGUGUUUUAUUGUAAUGCAAUACCUUUUAAUGUUCAAAUCUAUUAGUGUCAAAUUUCAUAUUAAGUUGAGGAGCAUCUGUUGCAAAUUGAUAAUCAUAAUUUUUGACAGUUUUUGUCAAAUUUAUCGAUAUUCUUAAUGAAAUGAUUGCGGUUUCUAGAAGGAAAAAAAAAAGUUAGUUUCUAUUUUUUGAUUUAAACUAAGACCAUCCAAGCUUUUCGAUGAAAUGAUAGUUUCGUUUUUCGUAUGUCAUCAUUUUGAACGAUUGCUUCAGAAAACACAGUACUUUUAAGAAAAACCUAGACAGACCCCUGAUAUCAGAGUAAAAAUAAGAAAGUGAUUUCUCUACUGACUGUACCUGUGUAGAGGGUCUCCUACAUUUGUAUUUUAGUUGAAAAUCUUAGAAAAUGCAGAAAGAGGGCACUCCAAAAUACUUGAAAUUCCAUCAAGGAAGUGUUCGAGGAGUCGCAUUUAGUCCAAGAGAUCGAUAUUUGUUCUGUUCUGGAGCUUAUGAUGGAAAAGUUAAUUUGUACUCAGCACAAAGGAUGGAGCUACUUAUGUGUUACCAGAUAUCUACUCUAGGACUGGCUCGAAAUGUAAAUGCUGUACGUUUCACUAGUGAUGGCGCAAAGAUUCUGGCUUCAACAACUGCUCGAAGAUUAGCUGUAAUUGAUGUUGAAAGAGGGGAACAAGUGAUGUCCUAUGAUAACUGUGCCUUUAAUGGAAGAGAUCGUGCUGGAUUAGCUGCUGAUCCAAUAUGCCCUAAUAUGGCAGUUUGCAGUUGUGUAAAUGGAAAGGGUUUGACUUUAUUUGAUCUAAGAAUGCCUCUGCCAUUAGAUUUUGUAUAUGAUCUACAUACAAAUGUUAUUCGAGAUAUUACAUUCGUCCACAGUAGUUGGCCAUUUGUUCGCAGUCAACAGAGUGCUAUACUUUCUUUGUCAUGUGAUGGAGUGUGUAAGGUUACUACAUUAGAUGGUCGCUACUUGCAUUGCUUUGAAGUUGGUCAUAGUGCUAAUUCUAUAGCUCCAACACCAGAAACAUAUGGAACAGGUUCAGAAGAUGGCUUUUUCAGUUUAAUGAUGGUAGGUGGUGAUAUUAUAUCUGGCUAUAUACCAGAUGUUGGCAUCCAAGAGCGUUUAAGAGAACAUGGUAAUGUGCCAAUAUGGAAGUUGAGGUACACUUCAAAUGGUGGACUUCUUUACACAGCUUGUGAUGGUGGUAUUGUGCGAAAGUAUCGAAGGUAUCCAGAUCAUCAUAAAUACCUUGGUGAAGUUUUUUCACAUAAAGGGGACAUACAAGAUAUGGAUUUAUCUCCGUAUGAUGAAUUUUUAAUUACUGCUUCCAAAGAUAGAUCUGUUGGAAUUUUGAGACUUGGUGCUCCAAAUCAUGGUUGGACUGAGUACAGUGAAUUGACUUGAUAUGAAUACUCAUAUUUUGACAAUAUGUAGUUAAUUUUCAAAUAAACUUUCUCAUAAGGAAAUACACUCCAUCUUCAGUUUGAAAGAGAAUUGGAAUUUCAUGAAACACUGUGGCAAUAGUUCCUUACCCAAGAUCUGUUUUUUAACGUAGAAUUUCUGUGCAUAUAUCAUCCUAUGCAAUUUUAAAUCAUCUGACUUUAUGCACCGAAUCUUAUUGAGAAUGCCAGUGUUGAACUUGCUUUUAUAGAAUGAGCUAUGAGAGCUAAUGAAUGUUUGAAUGAGGGAAAAAACUUUAUGUCAAUUAAUCAUUGCCCUGUAUUGAUAACUAUGACUGUAUUGAUGACACAAACAGUGAUUAUAUUUUUUCAGCAAUAUUGUAUUUGUCAUCUUGUUCAUCAUCUAUCAUGUUCUGUAAAAAGAAUUCAUUCUAUCUCUGCCUUUCUGUAACACGUUAGUUUAUUAGAUAGU